AUGCCCAGUAUGAAGAACAAAUAUAAUGUCACACCGGAGACAGUGGAACUGGGCAACGUCAACCCAGCAUACGUCAGCGACAAUGCGGAAACCAAUGGACGCAAAUUGUCAGUUGCCUCUGACAAUUCAGCCAAGGUAGGGGAGCCUCCGGUGACCGGACCUGAGACCACAGAGGGCGACGAAUCGGAGCGCGCUCAGUGGUCCAAUGGCGUAGAGUUCCUGAUGUCGUGCAUCGCCAUGUCCGUCGGCCUGGGAAACGUGUGGCGCUUCCCGUACACAGCCUACAAGAACGGCGGCGGCGCCUUCCUCAUCCCCUACAUCAUCGUGCUGCUUGUCAUCGGCAAACCGCUCUACUACAUGGAGAUGGCCAUGGGACAGUUCUCUAGCUACGGCCCUAUCAAGGUGUGGAACAUGGCACCAGCGCUCACAGGUCUGGGAUUCGGCCAGUUCCUGGCGACGGCUCUGCUGCUGACGUACUACUGCGCCAUCAUGGCGCUCACCGUCUACUUCUUUGUGGCGUCGUUCCACGCGGAGCUUCCCUGGGCCCACUGUUACCCCGAGCUGGGCGAGCUCUGCUUCGACUCCGCCGGCCCACACGACAACGCCACCAACACCACGGGGCGCCUCAGCUCCUCCACACUCUACCUGCAGCGGCUGCUGAACGAGGUGCCGACGCUGGACGAGGGCAUCGGCGCGCCCGACUGGCGGCUGACGCUGUGCCUGCUCUUCUCGUGGGUGGUCGUCUUCCUGGUGGUGGUGCGCGGCGUCAAGAGCUCGGGCAAGGCGGCCUACUUCCUGGCGCUCUUCCCCUACGUAGUGCUCUUCGCCCUCCUCAUCCGCGGCGUCACACUACCGGGCGCCGGCGAGGGCAUCCUCUACUUCAUCAGGCCGCAGUGGGAAAUGCUUCUCACUGCAGAGGUUUGGUAUGAAGCAGUCACUCAAGCAUUUUUUUCACUAGGAGUAUCAUUUGGAACAAUUAUCAUGUAUUCCUCAUAUAAUGGCUUUAGCCAUAACAUUCAUAGGGAUGCAAUAAUUGUAACAACAAUGGACACCUUCACAAGUCUCCUAGCAGGUUGCACAAUUUUUGCAAUACUUGGAAAUUUGAAAUAUGAAACAAAUGCAUCUGAUAUUGAUGCAGUCGCAAAAAAGGGGACAGAACUUGCCUUUGUGUCUUACCCAGAAGCUAUUGCUAAGUUUGAUUUUGUUCCCCAGUUAUUCUCUGUACUUUUUUUCCUGAUGUUAUUUACACUGGGGAUUGGAAGUGCAGUGGCUCUGGAGGGUGCAGUCAUGACCAUUAUAUGCGACCAGUUUCCAAAGAUCAAACAUUGGAUUAUAGCACUUUUCACAUGCAGUCUUGGCUUCCUCGCUGGACUUGUAUACAUCACACCAGGUGGUCAAUGGAUUUUAACUUUAGUGGAUUUCUAUGGUGUACAGUUUGUUGUGUUCAUUUUAGCAACAAUUGAAAUGAUAGCCAUAGCAUGGAUAUAUGGUGUUGACAAUUUCUGCCAAGAUAUAGAAUUUAUGCUUAAUCUGAAGGUCAGCUUCUACUGGAGAAUAUGCUGGGGUUUUGUUACACCAGUCAUGCUGUUUGUCAUCUUAUUGUACACUCUAAUAAAUAUGGAAUCUCCUCAGUACCAUGACACGGACUUCCCUGCAAGUGCAUAUGGUGCUGGUUGGGCAAUGUUUCUAUUUGCUGUGCUUCAGGUUCCUUUCUCAGUUGCUUACCAAUUUGUAAAAAAUCGUCAUCUCCCAUUUAAACAGAUGAUAGUGAAGUCAUUCACUCCAUCCACUGAAUGGGGCCCAAGAAAAGCUAAGGAACUGGAGGAAUGGAAAAAAUUCAAAGCAAAUCGGCUGCAAGAAAAUGAGCUAAGCAAUGACAGUUUCUGGAAAAAAUUACUUCACAAACUAACAGGUUGCAGAAGUUCCUCUGAUACCAAUAUGUGAUCUGUUUUUUGUCUGCAUGGGGCAAAAAACUGCCCUGUGUGUAACAUACACAGUCAUUAAGUUCAGUGAUAAAAUAUGCUCCAAGACGUCACUGUAAUAAGGUCUACAUUAGUUUUGAUUGCAAGGUUUUAGCAUGACGGAAAUGGCAAACCUGCAAACACCGUGAAGAGCUUAAAAAGUACAAAUGACUAUUAUCAGCUUCUAAGAAGCUUAAGCCUACUGACACAAAGCUGUGUUGUCUUAAAUAGUUUUGUAUGUUUUAUCUAAAACAAAUAUAGCUCCUGGUUUACAUAAUCGGCUAAUACAGUCUAUGUAAUACACAAAUUAAACAGCACAUUGAAGCAGUCAGUGUAAAAUAAUUUAAUCAUCUCUAAGGAAAAUGAAUUGCUACUUGUGGAAUUGCGCUGAACACAUCUUGUCUCUCUUACAACUGAAAGAGAAAAAAAUAUAGCCCUAAAUAUCAGUACUUUAUUUUGUCCAUUGGGAUCUGUUGCAUGACAAGUGUGUUUUUUUCUCAUGUCAGUAGUAUGGAAACCAUUUUUUUAAAUUUAAACCUAAUAACACUGUGAUAUUAGCUUCAAAAACAUCUAUCUUGUUUCACAAAGUUGCUUUUUGUGGAGUGGAAUGUAUGAGCAUUUCAGAAUUUUUUUUUAUAAAAAUCAAACCAUGCUGAAACAGACAUGUAUAUAAAACUGCAGAACAAAUAACAACAAUGAAUUUUAAUUUA